AUUACAAUUACGUUGGCCUAAUAACCAGAAAAGUCUUUCCCACUCCCACAGAAAACGAAAGAAUAGACCAGGGGAAAUCUCUUUCACUCAACCAAACAUUUUCAAGAAAAUAUCCCCACACAUUCACACUCUCACAGUAAACCCACACAGAGACUUUGAAAAUCCAAGAGAGUUUAGGGAAUGGAAAGAAAGAAUAUUAGAAGUAGUCUUUGAGUUUCAAAUCUGAGAAAACGAUGUCGUUUGCACCAGAGAAACCUGAAAACCCUAGCCCAAAAAAACGACCACCAAGCUGGUCAGACCUGUGGCUCAAAAACACUAAGCCUCUCAAGCAUGUUAUCUUCACAAUGCAACUCCAAUCUCUCUCUUCUCCUAUCACUCCCACCACUAAAAACAACAGCAACAACAAUAAAAACACCAAAUCUCCCAAAAUCCCCAAAACCCAAAUCCCCAUUUCCAAUUUCCCCAAAUUCCCAAACCCUAAUUUCAAUUACCCGAAAUCCGAGUCCGACCCGACCCGGAAACUCUCCGACCAAACCCUGCUCCAAAUCCUCUCCAAACUCCCAGAUUCCAAUCACAACUCGAUCUCCCUUGUUUGCAAGCGCUGGCUUAACCUUCAAGGCCGUUUAGUUCGGUCUCUAAAGCUCUUAUCUUGGCACUUUCUCGAAUCGGGUCGGUUGGUUUUUCGGUUCCCAAAUCUGACCCAUGUGGAUUUGGUAUCUGGGUGUUUCUUCUCUCCUCGGAAUUCUGGGAUUUUGUUGACGAACAGGGUGUUUUCGAUGCAUUUGGGAUCCGGGUUUUCGACGAAAUGGAAUGAGCUUUGUGAGGAUAGUUUGUUUCCUGUGGAGGUUAUUGAUAGAGGGUUGAAAAUGCUUGCUUGUGGUUGUCCUAACUUGCGUAAGGUUUCGGUCAUAGGAGCUAGUGAGUUAGGGGUUUUGAGUUUGGCAGAGGAGUGCAUGACAUUACAAGAGUUGGAAUUGCAUAUGUGUAAUGAUGAUGUUUUGCGUGGCAUUGCAGCGUGUACUAAUUUGCAAGUGUUGAGGUUGGUUGGGAAUGUGGAUGGAUUUUAUGGGUCAUUGGUUUCGGAUAUUGGAUUGACUAUAUUGGCACAAGGGUGUAAGAGGUUGGUGAAGCUUGAGCUCUAUGGUUGUGAGGGGAGUUUUGAUGGGAUUAAGGCUAUUGGGCAGUGUUGUCAAAUGUUGGAGGAGUUGAGUAUUUGUGAUCAUAGGAUGGAUGAUGGGUGGUUGGCGGGGUUGUCGUAUUGUGAGAAUUUGAAGACUUUGAGGUUUCAGUCAUGUAAGAGGAUUGAUCCGAGUCCCGGGCCGGAAGAUUAUUUGGGUUGUUGCCCGGCUCUUGAACGGUUGCAUUUGCACAAAUGUCACUUGAGGGAUAAGAAGAGUGUGGGAGCGAUGUUUAUGCUGUGUAUGGCUGUGAGGGAGAUGGUACUUCAGGAUUGUUGGGGAUUGGAUAAUGACAUGUUCAGCUUAGCUAGUUGUUGCAGGAGGGUGGAGUUCUUGUCUUUAGAGGGAUGCUCAUUGCUAACUACCGAAGGUCUGGAGUCUGUAAUUCUUUCCUGGAAGGAGCUUCAAAGCCUUAGAGUUGAAUCCUGUAAGAAUAUAAAGGAUAGUGAAAUCUCUCCUUCACUCUCAACUAUGUUCUCUGUUUUUAAAGAGUUGCAAUGGAGGCCAGAUACAAAGUCUCUUCGUCCAUCUAGUGUAUUGGGGAUUGUAAUGGGAAAGAAAGGUGGUAAAUUUUUCAAGAGGGAGCGUCUCUUCGUCCACUGAUUCUUGUGGAGACUGGAAUAGGAAAGAAAGGCAGUAAAUCUUUCUAGAGAGUGGGAGACAUGAAGUUGCACUUGAAAGCCAGAAUCUGCAGCUUGAGCUUGCAUAAUAGUUCUUGACUUCUCAUCGUGAAGGCUGUAACAAUAUUCUGUACUCAUUAUGGUAGUUUGAUGGUUAGAAUAGAUGCAGAUGUUAACUCAGGAAGAUUGUAAACACAGUACAUUUUGCCUUACACCCGUCUUAUAGCUCAUGUUUGGGUGCCAUUUUCAACACAAUUUUGAUUUGCCACAGUGCAAAUCUUCUAGUUCA